AUGGUAUAUCAGCUCGCAGGGACCUUCACUUUGCUGAGCUGUCUUAUCAGUAUGUGGCACAUGACCGCCCAUUUGCGAAAGAUGAACCAACCUGACGUACAACGUCGCAUUUUGGCGAUUCUUUGGAUGUCACCGAUCUAUGCUAUUACAUCUUGGUUCAGUCUAGUAUUUCACUCUGCAGAGGGCUAUCUCGCGAUAAUCAAAGAUGGCUAUGAAUCUUACAUCAUCUACCAGUUUCUGUCCUUUUGCAUUGCCGUUCUGGGCAAAGGUGAUCGCAAUGCUGUCGUUGAUCUUCUGGCUCGACGAGCGGAUCAUAUGACCCCUCCCUUUCGACUUUUUGGAGUCUUUGAAAUAUGCUGUUCUUGUUGCAGGCCCGAUCCGUAUGUGAAUGAUCGUGCCUUGGCGGAUGCAAUUCUGUUGCAGUGUCAGUUUUUCGCCUUGCAGUUCGUUUUCUUCCGACCCUUGACGACAACAGCCAUGGUAGUACUUGAUAAGCUGCAAUAUUAUGGACUAGGGACGGGUCCGACAGACUAUCGAUCGCCACAGUUCUAUAUUGUCAUUGUGCAGAAUGUUUCAAUCUUUGUGGCGUUUGCAGGUCUCCUUAAGUUCUACCACGCUGUUGAUCAAGAUCUUGCUUGGUGCCGGCCUUUCGCGAAAUUUCUUUGUAUCAAAGGUGUCGUUUUUAUGACAUUCUGGCAAGGUCUCGCAUUAGGUAUCUUGGCGCAGACGACAGAUGUCGGUGGACAAGAUGCAGACGAAUGGGGCAAGUCGGCCCAGAACUUUCUAAUCUGUCUCGAAAUGUUGCUGUUCUCAAUAGCUCAUUUCUACUGCUUUCCAACCGAAGAAUGGGAAGAAGGAUACCGGGUG